AACAAUUCUUGUUUAAACAAAACCAGUAUGAGUAUAGAUGCUUGUUAUGAAGGCGUUAUUGCCAAAUUAACGGAUGAGGGUAAAAUAUUGGAAAUUUCUAAGAAACUUAUUAGUUUGCAAACAAAUUCUGCCAGAGUUCUAUUCGUAUAUGAGUUAAUUGAAUCUCUGAAAGCUUUUCCCAAAGUAUUAGAGGUGAAAAAGGAUGACAAUGUGUCUACUUAUUACCGUAACCAAGGCAACCUAUUUUUUAAAGCAACUCAAAAUUAUGAAGCCUUACAGUUUUAUAAUUUGUCUUUGAUACAUGCACCAUUGGGCACAGAGAGUUACAGUCUUGCUUUAGCCAAUAGAUCAGCAGUAUUAUUUUCGAUGAAACAAUAUGAUGAAUGUAUACAUGAUAUUGUUACUGUUUUUGCUAUGGAAUAUCCGCGUGAUCUAGAAAAUAAACUAAGCAAAAGGAAAUCUAUGUGUGAAAAUUUUAUAUUAAAAAAUAAGGAAGUAAAAGAAGACAGCACAAAAACUAAUUUCCAAGUAGGUGAAAUCCUUAAAUUUGAUCAUGAAAGAGACAAAACUUAUAUCUGUGCUAGCUCAAAAUUACAAGUUGUUUUUAAUGACGAAAUGGGCCGACAUGUUGUGGCUAAAGAAGAUAUUCAGGUAGGUGAAAUAUUAGCCCAUGAAAAUCCCUACUUAGCUGUUGUGUUAAAAAGCCAAAUGUUAGUAUGUUGCAAUUAUUGCCUUUCUAGAGAUCUAAAUUUACUUCCAUGCAAAAGUUGUUGUUUUGCUCUUUAUUGUAGCAAAGAAUGUUCAGAAAAGGCAUGGAAAGAAUAUCACAGAGUUGAAUGUGGUUUAUUAGCCACAUUGGUGCAUAUGAAGUUUACUAAACUAGAGUUGUUGGCUCUCAGAAUAGUUAUAAGGGCCCGCACAGACCAUAAGAAUUGGCCAGAAUUGUUGCAAAAAAUAGUAGAGAUUGAAAAAAAUUUAAAUACACCUUUGCGAGGAUGUGAAAAUUUGGGAGAUAAUUGGGUGUAUGAUUCAAAGUAUUAUGCUUCAAUACAUACACUUGAAUCAAAUGUGGAGAAGAGAUCUGUAUCGGAUAUUUUUCAAAAAUCCGUUACUGCAGCUGUAUUUCUAAAAUUCCUUAUUGAAAAUACUGACUUUAUGAACGCUGAUGACGCAAAACAUCACAACUGGGUAAAGAACUGGGUGGCUGGCACAUUAUUACUUCAUGGCAUGACUAGCCCCACUAACAUGCAUGGUAUAAUAACUAACACAGCCAACAAGAAUGGAGAUUAUGUUGAUGAACUAAACAUUGGUAGUGCACCAUACCCAUUUUGUAGUUUGAUAAAUCAUUCAUGUGCACCAAAUGUGGUCAGAUAUAGUAAGUUGGGCUCUGCUGAACAGAACUUGGUUGCAUUGAGACCUAUUAAGAAGGGUAUGCAGAUUUUUGACAAUUAUGGAUCCCAUUAUGCAAUAGAAGGCCGUCGGAGCAGACAGGAAUCUCUUAAGUUCCAAUACAAAUUUGUUUGCUGCUGUGAAGCCUGCAUAAACAACUGGCCUACUUACUUGGAAAUGAGAAGGAGUAAAAAUGUACCUGUUCAAAUACAAAAAAGAAAAAAUAAAUUGUUAGAUGCAAAUUCUAUUAAUAAACUACAAAAGGGCGAUAAGGGAACAGCUUUGAAAUUGUUGAAGCCUCUUUGUGAACUGAUGGAGCUACUUGAGCCAUAUUGCCCAUGUUUAGAACUUGCAGAUUGUCAGGAAUCUUUCAAGCAGUGCCUUGCUAUAUGUGAGGGAGUUGUGCCUUACGGUAAGCUAAUUGAAUGGAAUGCAAUUCCACCAAAAGUUAAGUGAUUCAGAGUAUUAAUAAAUCAACAUCUGCAAUUUGCAGCACUUGCAUUUUUUUUCAUUAUAUAAACGUUACAAAUCCGUUUCUAGUUAAGAUAUCCUUUAUAUAACUUAGAAAAAUAUCACUUAUAAUGCUUUCUUUGUGUAUACAUCUUAUUAACUGGAAAAUAUUUUAACCAUAUCUUAAGGUAUUUAAGAAGUAGUGCUUUUUUGUAAUACUUAUUACUAUGUAAAGUAAUGCGAUUCAUAUACGCAGCAAUGCUAAUGACAUUUUGUUUGUUAAAAAAGUACUUGCUUAAUUAUUACACUACUAAGUACAGGGUAUCCCACAAUGGGUAUCAAUCAAUCUGAAACAUGGCUAUAGAAUCAACAAUGUAGAUCACAUUUAAAAUGGUAAAGUACUCUCCUAGUUACUGGGGGUUGGUUUUCAUCUUGUUCGUUAUAAAGAUGGGGCCAAUAGGUGUUGGUCACAUUUCCUAUUAAGCUAACAGUCGUAGUAUUCUCUGCCUGCAAAACUAUACAGGUUUUCCCCCUUUAUGAUGUAUUGUAAUGGACCAGCUGCUACAGGAGUCCAGGCUUUCAGGAGUUCUGUUUAGCAUAGAGCCCGGGUAUCCCUUCUAAUGACCACUCAACACCUUAUAUUCAAUGGAGAUAUACUUUGUGCAAGUGGUAUCCUGUGUAAUGUUCCAGUUGUCCAUUUGUACAUAGGACCAUACCAUCAGACUAUCAUUCAUGUAUUGCGCUGUGAUAUCUGUGCGGUUUAGGCGGAGAGAGGCGGCGGCAGUUG